AUGUAUCGACGUUUUCUUUUCUUUAUUCUCAAUUCUUUAGUUACUUUCUAUUUUUCUGCUGAUUCAUUUUUCCUUGUCGGCUUUUCUCUCCGGCAAUUCCUUUCCUUAAUUCCCAAUUAUUCUGUUUCUGUCUUUUAUUCAUUCAUUAACUUUUCUUUCUUGAGUUCAUUUUUUCCUCUUUCGUUUUUCCUCAAUCUUUGCUUUAAUUUUUUUCUCUUUUUUAGGCGUUCCUUAAAUUUUUCUUUUCCCUUUCGUACUCUCUUUUCUUUACUUUUACCUUUUUCUCCAUUUUCUCUUUCUUUGUUUAUUUCUUUUUCAGAUGUUCCCUUUUCUUUUCCUUAUUUUCUCUAUUUUCUUUUUUUCCAAACUUACAUUUUAUUACUCUUAUUUUAUCUUUUCUUCUUUUUCUAUCAGGAAUUCCUUAAUUUUCUUUUACCUCUUUUUCUCAAUAGUUUUUCCUUUCAUUUUCCUCAUUUUUUUCUUCCUUUAUUUAGACAUUCGUUAGUUUUUUUUUUCUCAAAUUUUCUUUCGUUUUUUCUCAGCCUUUCCUUUUAUUUCUUUCAUUUUCUUUUUCUUUCUCUAGCGUUCUUUUACUUUCUUUUUUCUCUAUUUUAUCUUUCGUUUUUCCGUCAUAUUCUUUCUUUUUCAGGCUUUCUUUUUCUUGUUUUUCUCUUUCCUUUUUCUUCAGCUGUUCCUUUUUACGUCCCUUCUUUCUUUCUUUCUUUCUUUCUUUCUUUCUUUCUCAUGCAUCCCUUUACUCUUUUUUUUCGAUUUUCUUCAUCGUUUUUCUUCAAUCUUUCACUGUAUUUCCUUCUUUUUCUUUUUCUUUAUUUCUUUCUACUUUUCUUUUUCAUAAGUUUCUUUAAUUUCUUUCUUUCCCCCUGA